GUAAAUGAUGCGUUAGCAGCAGCUUCGACCGGACAAACGUUUACAGCAGCGAAACAACUCGAAAUAACACGAUCUCACUGGUGUUUCAUUCCACUCUCCUGAUUCUCUGCACGAUACUUCCUCAUAUGAUUUACUGUAACUCAUCUGUGCAAUAAGAGAGAGACAAGGGCUUUAAAAUGACACAUGAUCGAGACUGAUCAGUGCAGGAGCUUCUAAAGCUGAAGAUUCUCCAGGACAUUGAGGGAUGAGCUAGACUUCUGGUUGAAUACUUUACACAAGUUUAAAUCUGCUGGACUGUGAAUACUAUACACUUGUCAAGUUUAAAUCUGCUGGACUGCUGCUAAAAUGACAGACUGGGGGGAGAAAUCCACUGCAGACCUGAUGAGCAGUUAUGUGGCCAAAGACCCAGGCUGUGGAGUGCCCAAGGAGGGCUGGAGAGUCUGUCUGGCUCAUGAGUUCAAAGAGAAGAGGAAACCUUUUCAGGCUAAAGAUGUGUCCCUGUCCCAGAUCUUUGAGCAUGUUGGCCUUGGAAUUAGGUAUUUAAAAUGGUGGUACAAAAAGACCCAAGUGGAAAAGAAGGCCCCGUUUAUUGACAUGUUUGGAGCUCAACCUUUACGUCAAAUCUAUGGGGUUCCACUCGGUGGUAUUGGAGGAGGCACCAUCACUAGAGGGUGGAGAGGGGAGUUUUGCAGGUGGCAGUUGAAUCCUGGCAUGUACACCUACAAAACAGUUACAGCUAAUCAGUUCACAGUGUGUUUGCGGCGUGGUGGACAAACACUGUACCAGCAGGUGCUGUCCGUGGAGCGGCCUCCCACGUUACAAGGCUGGAACUGGGGCUAUUGUGGAGAGUAUGCCUUCUACCACGCCCUGUACCCCAGGGCCUGGACCGUGUACCAUCUGCCGGGGCAAAACGUCACUCUCACUUGUCGGCAGGUCUCCCCCGUCAUCCCACAUGAUUAUAAGGACUCAAGUCUGCCAGCAGCCAUAUUUGUGUGGGACAUUGAGAACAAGAAUGAUUACGAUCUGGAAGUCUCCAUAAUGGUUACGGUGGUUAACGGGUCGGGCCACAAAAGCGACAAGAGCGGGGGGCAUUGGAAUGAACCAUUUCACCUGGAGAAGGAGGGUGAGGCUGUGUCUGGGGUUCUGCUACAUCACUGCUCCACAGUCAAUCCGUACACACUGAGUGUAGCAGCCAGAGAACAGGCAGAUCGAGAGGUCAGUUACCAGACUGCCUUCAAUCCAAAGGGGACGUGUAGUAACCUGUGGACAGACCUCAUCACUGAUGGACGACUUGACUCUCCCACGGGCUCUAGUCCUCCUACGUCUAAAGGGGAAAAAGUUGCAGCCGCGCUGGCUGCAGGCUGCUGUGUGCCUCCUCGGGCUCAUAACUCCCUGGAGUUCUGUCUUGCCUGGGACAUGCCCAAAGUCAUGUUUGGCUCCAGAGAAAGGCAACACCUCAGGAGAUACACACGUUACUUUGGAAUGAAAGGGGACGCAUGCCCCUCACUCUGCCACUAUGCGCUAACACAUUACAAAAAGUGGGAGGAGAGCAUUGAGGAGUGGCAGAAGCCUAUACUUCAAGACAGUUCCCUUCCCUCGUGGUAUAAGUCUGCUCUGUUUAAUGAGCUGUACUUUGUGACGGAUGGAGGAACGGUGUGGACCGAGCUCCCAGAGGACGCAGAUGUGAGCGGCGGUCUGCGUAGUGAGUGUGGUGGGCUGCCUGCUCAACCUGAUGUCAUCAAAGAGUAUGGACGGUUUGCAUAUUUAGAAGGUCAAGAAUACCGAAUGUACAACACUUACGAUGUUCACUUUUACGCAUCUUUUGCACUGAUCAUGCUGUGGCCCAAACUGGCUUUGAGUCUUCAGUAUGAUAUAGCCGGGAGUGUGGUCCAAGAAGACCCCACUGAGCGCCUCCACUUGAUGAGCGGACGCUACUCUCUCGUCAAAGCAAAAAAUGUGGUGCCUCAUGACAUUGGAGACCCAGAUGAUGAGCCAUGGCAGAGGGUAAACGCCUACCUCAUUCACGACACUGCAGACUGGAAAGACUUGAACCUGAAGUUUGUUCUACAAGUUUACAGAGACUUUCAUCUCACCCAAGACGAGCAGUAUCUGCAGGACAUGUGGCCCAUCUGCAAAGCAGUGAUGGAGUCUGAGCUAAAGUUUGACCUCGAUGGAGAUGGGCUGAUCGAAAACUCUGGAUAUGCAGAUCAGACGUACGAUGGCUGGACAGUGACCGGACCAAGUGCCUAUUGUGGUGGACUUUGGCUGGCCUCGUUGUGUGUUAUGUGUAAAAUGGCUACACUUUUGGAUCACAAAGACUCUUAUGAACACUACAGGGACCUGCUCGACCGGGGCAGUGCUGCUUUUGAAAAACGGCUGUGGAAUGGCAGUUACUAUAACUACGACAGCAGUGGGAGGAGCCAUUCAAACAGUGUGAUGUCAGACCAAUGCGCCGGGCACUGGUUCCUCAGGGCGUCUGGAUUAGGAGAGGGAGAAUUCAAGGCAUUUCCCGUAGACAAGAUCCGCAGUGCACUGAAAACGGUGUAUGACUUGAAUGUGAUGAGUUUUGCUGAAGGUCAGAUGGGAGCUGUGAAUGGCAUGCGACCUGAGGGAGUCACUGACCGUUCCAGUGUCCAGUCGGAUGAAGUCUGGAUUGGAGUGGUCUAUGGACUGGCUGCUACAAUGAUCCAUGAGGGGAUGCGGAGUGAGGGUCUGCGCACAGCGGAGGGCUGCUAUCGGACGGUGUGGGAGCGUCUGGGCAUGGCCUUCCAGACUCCAGAGGCCUACUGCGAGAAGGGGAUUUACCGCUCCCUGGCCUACAUGCGACCGCUCAGCAUCUGGGCCAUGCAGCUAGCACUUAGCUCUGCAGGAGACACUGCAGACAACCGUUUAUGUGUUUAAGGUUAUGUUCUCACUGGACUUUUAUUGUAUAAGCUUUCAAGGAACAAUAAAAAAUCUAAUGGUUUUGGAGCAUCAUAUUUUAUUUGAAAUACUGUGCAAUGCUAAAAGUAUGUGUCAGAUGUUUAAUUCUCCUCCCUGCACUACAAUGAUCAUCGAUCAUGUUUUAACUUAGCAGCUACUUUGUUCUAAAAUAGGACACUUUUGUAAUGAUAUUCUGUCCUUUGAAUCAUGAUAUGGAUUUAAAUGAAAGUAUGUUCUUCUUAAAAGCAUGUGCCUUUGACUGUAAGCACGUAAACAUAAUGUUUUAUAGUUACCGUGACCAUGACAAUCAUGAUCAUUAAAUAAUAAAAUAAAA